UCGACGACAUUUCUGCGCGACACGACCAGCAGCAGCUCCAGUUGCUCUCUCACUUACUGCUAAUCAAAAUUGUUUGUUCUGAUAUUUGAUUGAGCGUGAUUAGGAAUGGCUGUGGAAUCCAGAGUAACGCAAGAAGAAAUAAAGAAGGAACCCGAAAAGCCUGUCGACAGAGAAAAGACUUGCCCACUGCUUUUGAGAGUGUUUACAACCAACAACGGCAGACACCACAGAGUAGACGAAUUUGCCCGAGGAAAUGUCCCCUCUAGUGAACUACAGAUCUACACAUGGAUGGAUGCCACCCUCAAAGAGCUGACAAGUUUGGUCAAAGAAGUCUACCCUGAAGCACGAAAAAAAGGGACACACUUCGGCUUUGCAAUCGUUUAUCCAGAUCCUAAAAGGCCAGGCUACCGGGUUAAAGACAUAGGCAGCACUGUAUCGGGCCGAAAGGGCGCAGACGACUCCAUGACCCUCCAGUCCCAGCGGUUUCAGAUAGGAGACUAUCUGGACAUCGCCAUCACCCCGCCCAACAGGACGCCCGCUAUGCCCGGCGCCCGCAUGAGACCUUACUGAUCCUCACAGAUAUGGAACAUUAGAUGCCACCUUCAGCCUUUUGGCACGACCAGCCUCGGGAACCACCGUCAUGGUUCCUACCCCAUACCGGAUAAUGUAUCGCAUUGCCUUGUCACCGAUUUAUGGCAGCAUUACACAGACACACAUACUGGAUCUCAAAUGGUGCACUUCAGUGUUCAUGUUUUAGUGCGUAUGGUGUAUUAGUUACGCACUGAAACAUAGUGCCUGAAGUACACAAGUGUGGCAUUUGAGAUUCAGGGACAGACUGAUCAGACUGAGCCAUUCGUUCCAAUACAAAGGGGUGGUCAACGUGGCAUGUAGUGUUUUAUAUCUAUGGGUCCAUCUCAUUACUUAACCUCCCGUUCUCGCCUUGUGCUUGUGGCCUCGUGGUUCGCUGACGCCCUGCCUCCAUGAAGAAGACUAGGCCAGACAUCUCGAUUGCAAAUGAGAAAACGACCUUUGAAUUGUGCUUUUGCUAGAUAUUGAAUAAAACGUCUGUCAGUGGCUUGAAUGCCUCGCAGUACAAGGCCACAAGCAAAAGGAGAGGACGGGAAUUUAGAUAUUGAAUGAACCCUAUGACUGAUCCUCAGGGUUGGGGAUUGAAGGUCAGAGGUUAAGGACGCCUCAUGGGGUCGGGGAGUUUGGGUAGGGGGGCUUUAAACAGCCGCGUCUGCCCAUUAGGCUAAUGAUGAUGUGGCUUUAUAGCUUUUGUUUCCCGUAUGGUUUUAAUUUUUCAUGUUGAUUUUAUACCAUAUUGAGUUUCAGUAGAAUAGAGCUGGUAUGAUUUUUUUUCCCCCCUUCUCUCUUCCAACAAUUUUGUGAUGUCAAAAUAAACAUUUUUUUAUCCAUAACCUUUCA